AUGCUCUCCAGGUCGUACAUGAAUCUUACAGCCGCUAAUAACUCGGUAAAUGAGUCAGACAACAUACCGGUAGAACGAGUAUUGCAACAUUUGCCGCCAAAGAAUCUAUUAUAUCGGAACACCAAGUAUCAUUAUAUAUUACACAUCGGUACCCGUUCCGGAACUGGCGAGCUUAUUCUACGAUCGCUAGCACGACGUGCCGCCGCUCAGCUUGGAGCAGAAUCAAAGAUAGUGACCUACACAUGGCCUUCACUCAAAUGGAUGCUCGUCUGGUGGCAGUUAAAUAAGGGCUUGACGAUUUUCAAAAGCUAA